GUCGCUACAUGGCAAGAAACGGGAGGUGCAAGCGAAGAAGGUCUGGAAGCAUUGCGGAGUGGACCUGCAUCUACGCUUCACGUCCCUCGGAAGCAUCACGGACGCCCUGCCCUACUUUCCUGUCCGUCGACUCCACACCUUUGGACGAAUCAAGGACAGCCUUGCCUACCUUUGCUUUGUCAGAGACAUCACGGGACUCUCCUUUGCACUUCACGCCCUACCAGGUAUAAACAGGCGAGCGUUGCCCGACUGUCCCUGUUGAAGUGUAGUAGUUGAGACAAUCAACAAUCCAUCAAUCAAAUCAACAGUCAUGGCCAAGGCAGUCCUCCACUCCGACGAUGACCUUUUACUGUGCAACGAAUGCGGGACACAGUACGACGUGAAGAGUGGCAAAGAAGAGUGCAAAGUCUGCGAUGACCCUCGCCAAUACGUCCCCCCAACAGGACAAGUCUUCACCACCCUAGGCAAAUUGAAAGCACAAGGCUUCAAGAACGUCUGGUGGCAAGUCGAGAAUCACCCAGACAUCUGGUGCAUCAAGACGGAACCCAAGUUUGCCAUUGGCAAUCGAGCAGAGCUCAUCCGUACCGAGCACGGCAACAUCCUCUGGGAUCUCAUCCCUUUCCUCGACCAAGAUACCGUCGACAAGAUUAACUCCUUCGGCGGCCUCAAAGCAAUCGUAAUCUCCCAUCCCCACUACUACUCCACCUGGGCCGAAUGGUCCCGCACCUUCUCCUGCCCAAUCUACAUCGGCGCCCCGGACAAACCCUGGCUCGAACGCACCCAAACCCCCAACACCUCUCUCCUCCUGGUACACGACCCCUACACCCCCAUCCUCCCCGGCGUAACCGCCAUCCUCGCAGGCGGCCACUUCCCCGGCUCCAUGCUCCUGCACUGGCGCUCGGUGCUCUUCAUCGCCGACACAAUCUUCGUCGCGCCGAGCGCGCUCGAACCCAUCCCGGGCCGGCCGGGGAAGAUAAGUUUCAACUUCUGGUGGAGCAUCCCGAACCACAUCCCGCUGCAUCCGGAUGCGAUUCUGCGGAUUUGGAGGUUGGUGAAGGGGCUGGAGUUUGGGACUUGUUUGGGGGCGUUUGAGGGGCAGGAUGUGUUUACUAGGGGGAAUGAGGCGGCGCGGAAGACGGGGGGUGUGAAGGGGCGGUUGUUGGAGAGUUGUAAGAUUUAUGUAAGGGCGGAGGGGUGGAGGGAUGGGGAGCAUGAGAUUUUGGCGGAGAGUUUGUAACACACGAUACAUA